AUGAUAGACAACGAAAUCGCCACGGGCCUCCGCCCGGAGACCGUUGUGAAGCACGUCGACAUGGACGAGCCCACACGCAAGUUCGCCAUCGACCUCGCCACGGAGGCCAUCGAGAAGUUCAAGAUCGAGAAGGACAUCGCGGCCUACAUUAAGAAGGAGUUCGACAAGCGCUUCGAGCCCACGUGGCACUGCGUGGUCGGCAGGAACUUCGGUUCCUACGUCACACAUGAAAAGCACAGCUUCAUCUACUUCUACGUCGGCAACAUGGCCGUGCUCCUGUUCAAGAACGGGUAG